GGCCGACACAAUUCAGAACCGCACGGUCACCCGAAAAACCUUGAUUCUCUUUUUUCUCCAUUGAAGUCGGCGAUUUUUCAGCCACAUCCACUCCUUUCCCGUACUUCUAUUUCAUCGCGCUCUUUAAUACUUUAAUACUAGUCAUCAUACUCGGUCGACGUCUCACUCCCUCGGCUCGAUCAUACUCUCUACCCUAAUACUACUUUCCCGGAAUUCCUGGAGAACUCGGAACAGCCGUCGCCCACUUGGACUUUCCCGGUCUUAUUUAUCCCGAACAGUCAAGAUGGCGCCGUCAAGUUACCAACCCGACGAAACCUUUUUCGUCGAGUCGGACGAGCCCAGCCAACGCAUGAUGAUGCGCGAUGCUGCCAAAAUGCUUGCGCGGAACAAGCAGGAGAUGAUCGCCAACGAGCUCUCAAGGCUGGCCUGUGACGAGUAUCUGGAGGACAUCAUGCAGCACAUUCGUCAGAUGGAGGACGAGACAUUACCCGAUGCGAACCUCAUCGACAUGCAGCGCGAGAUUCAGUGGUUCAUGCGGCCGUAUCUCAUCGACUUCUUGGUUGAGGCCCACGCCGCCUUCUCGCUGCUCCCUGAGACCCUCUUCCUUACCGUCAACCUCUUGGAUCGGUACUGCUCGAAGCGGGUGGUGUACAAGCAGCACUACCAGCUGGUCGGCUGUGCCGCCCUCCUCAUUGCUGCCAAGUACGGAGACAAGAAGGACAGGGUACCUCAGAUCAAUGAGCUCAACAACAUGUGCUGCGGCCUCUACGAUGCCGGCAUGUUUACCCAGAUGGAGAUGCACGUCCUCAACACGUUGGACUGGAACAUUGGACACCCGACCGUCGACUUCUUCACCAAGCUGGUUGCGGCCGAGGAACGGGAUAGCCUGGAAGUGGAGCACAUGGCUGCAUACAUCUGCGAGAUUGCCCUCUACCACCGGGACUUCGUGUCGACGAAGCCCUCGGUCAUGGCAAGGGCAUCGCUGGCUCUCGGCCGCGCAAUCCUGGGCAAGCCCGAGGUUAAUGACGGCGAGUGGGACCACGCCGAUAACGUGACCCUCGUUGCAUUGUCGCAACAUCUGCACCAGCCGUCCGUCACCCUUGCGAGGAAGUACUCGAGCCAGUACUACUCGCGAGUGUCGACGAAGCUUGCCGACUUCCUCGCGCAGCAGGCUGCCAUUGCGCGGAGAGGGGUGCCACCCUCGCCGCCCGCCGAGCACUCGCUCUCCGACAAGGCAACAGACGUGUACAGCACACCGCAAAGGGGCUUGGUGCCGUCCCGGGCGUCGCCGACGGCUACAUGACGCCGCCCAUCACGCCGGAUGGUACCGGGUUUGGCCAGAACA